CGGCGCGCGCGCGCGCCGCAGCCUGCUGCAGAUCGGCUUUGUUUGCACACGACGACGCGCACGCCCCUUCUUCCGUGGGUGGGCGGCCCACCGAGCCGUGCACCGCCACCACCACCAUCCACACCACCCGCUGCUGCCCUCCAACAACCUCGCCCAGUCGCCUCGCACGCCCGUUUUAAUCCGGCUCACGCCUCACGUGACGCCGCUACACACCCACACAUACACCCACCCACACACACACACCAGAUCGCGCGCCCGCUGCCGCCACUGCGGCGCUUCUUGUCCUCCUGCCGACGUCACCUUCCUCGCCGACGGCGAGCCAUGGACUGGUACGCGUGGCUGUGCAGGGCGGGUCUGCACCCGGACGUGGCUCUCGACUACGCGCUCCUCUUCGCGCGCAACGAGCUGGUCGCCGACGACGUCCGCCACCUCGACCACGAGUUCCUCGCCACCAUGGGCGUCGCCGUCGCCAAGCACCGCCUCGAGAUCCUCAAGCUCGCCAGGAAGGAGUCCUCCAACUACUCCUCCGCCUCCCGCGCCGCCGCCGCCGCCAUCACCGCCCUCCCGCGCCGCGCCACCAGGCUGCUCGCCGCCGCCGUGCACCGAUCCGCGCGCUCCGCCCUCGGCCGGCUCCGCGCCUCCGUGUCGUCGUCGUCCCGCGGCGGCCUGGACGGCCGCGCGGGGAGCAGGGACACGCCGGCCGCCCUCGCACUCGCCGCGCCCCGCCUGCCGCUCCCGGCGCGCCGCCGCGGCGGUAGGGUCGCGCACAGCUGGGGCAAGCUCGUCGCGUCGCCGUCGCCAGUGGCGCCGCGCGGCGGGAAGCCGCCGCUGCCGAUGAUGCUGGCGCAUCACGUGAGCAAGCCCGUCCUGCUCACCAGCAGCUGCGCGGCGACGGCAAAGGCGCUGCCCGCGCCGCCUGCCACGGCCGUCAUCGCCGGCUGCCUCACGACCACGGAAGCCCUCGGCUGCGACGACGAGGAGGAGGACGCCAGCUGCUAUGCCGACAUGGAGGAGGAGGAGAUGCGCUGGGAGUCCAUGUUCCAGGAUCUGAAGCCCACUUAGCCGAGAACGCACUCACUCGCUGCGUGCCAACUGCCAAGCGCGCCCUGCGCCCGUGACCUCCGCCUGUCGGCCGGUGCCUCUACCCGCCGCCGUCCUGCUGUGUACGUGCAGCGAGCGACGACGACGAGGCACCAGCAAUUUCCGGUGAACGGUGGUCAGUGGUCACCAGCGAGUUGCUGCUGAUCUCUGUGCUGCAACCGUGUAAAAAGAAAAAGAAACAAGAAAAAAAAACAAGGCUGUAAAAUUUUCAUCUCGGAAUGGAUCCAUGUUCACGCUA